AUGAGUUCCGGCACAGGUAAGCCUGCUUUACAGGCAAAGGCAGGGCAGGGCAAUUUCGCUGCCGGUAUGCCGAGCACCCAGGCGAUACUGCUUGACAAGCUGAAUCGGGGUUCGACUCCUGACUCCGAAGCCUUAGCGAGCUCAGACGAUGAAGUUGACCCGCUUCGUCAAGAACCUCCGCCUACCUCAACACAAGCUCCCAAGCAACCUGUCCGACGGGCCUCGUGGCUGAAUGAUACGUCUCAACCACCACCGCCGCCCCGCCAGCGGAAAGAGUCGUUUGCGAGCACCUCCAUGUCUCCCACAACUUCCCACCCCAGCACACCAGCUGUAGACUCCGGGGUCGGUGCCUGGGGCACCCAUCCGGCUGCUUCUGCGGUUCAUGGCCGAUCCCAUGCUGGACCUGGUCCAUUCAGUACUACAUGGGGUGCAGGAAUCUGGACGAACGAACGGAACAACCCUCCCUCUCGUUUAGCAGAGGUUUUGCCUUCACCGACAUCUGGCGUACCACCUGGCAGCUCGGGCGGCUCGUUUUUUGAUAAUGCGCUAGCUCAGCAGUCGGCUGGCUCCAGGGAUGCAGUCCCAAACCCUCAGAUUCCGUUCCCGAUCCCUCUCCAUCCUACGCCCAAGACUUAUCGAUCACAGUCGUAUUCUGUUGGGCAGCUUGACCCGGAAACAUCUCUUCCUUCCGUUGCUACAUCCGCGGUUCUGGGCGGUCGUUCGCGUCCGCUAGGCCAUCCCGGCUUGCAGCAUCGUCCUUCUCGGCCUAGUAUGUUGAGUGAGAUGGCAAAUGAUGGCUCCAUGCUUGGAAAAGUAAAUGAAGACGAUGACGAUGAUAGUACUGGUUCUCUCCAGGGGGCCGGUCAGCAGCAGUCUGCUCAAGCGAAGGCUAUUGAGUCUUUGAUGCGCGAGAAUGCCAUGCUGCGCCAGCAGAAUCAGUAUCAAAGUUCGCGCUUGAGACCUCGAGCAUCUACCUCGAAUGUGUUUGGGUUGGGAAACGCGUACCUCCAGGAGGCUGUUCCCGAAGAAUCAGACUUUGCUGUCGAUGAGCUUGAUGAGGCGAACGAUGGGUCUGACUUCGGCAGGAGGAACAUGGCCAGACGGAUGAGCGAGUUUGGCGUAGGGCCGUAUCGCACCCCUUACAUGGCGGAUAACAGGAAAGUUGAGAAUGUUAACCUAAAGAGGGCCCUCUGGCAAACCUCCCUCGGGUUCGGGGGACUGGGAGAUAUUCCGCAGAGCAGACGGCACUCGUUUGCUGAUGUGCCAGUUCGGCAGAACUCCAUUGCUUCUAUUGGGGAAGGGAUCGCGCCACACGAAACCGGCCUUCAUGAUUCUGUGCCCGACUACACUUCUCCCGGUUAUCCUGAUGCUAUGGCACUGGCCAAUGCUGCUCAAGUACAAAACUACUUUGCGGGUGGUUCAUCGCAUGCCCUUGCCCAGUCGGCCUAUGGCAAUCAGUUUUCGUCGCCAUACUCUAUGCUUCCCAACGCGUACGCCAAUAGGCCCAACUCACCGCAUCGCAACAUGUACGGUGCAGCACAGCCGCGACAUGACCAGCCCCUUUACAUUGUUCUUUUCAAGUGUGCCAGAGCCGAUGUCUUCUAUAUCCAGGAAGGCACAGGGCUUACCGUAAAACCUGGCGACCUGGUCAUAGUGGAAGCUGACCGUGGCACGGAUCUGGGCACUGUCGCCAAGGACAACGUUGACUGGAAGACUGCAAAGGAACUCAAGGAGCACUAUGCCGAGGAGCAAUAUAGAUGGCUCAUGAUGUACUCUCAGAACGCAGGGAUGGCCCAAGAUGGUGUUGGUGCUGGCCUUAUGGCGGCCUCGAACCUGCAAGGAAGUGCCGUUGGCGGCAUGGGGCCCGCCGGUCAACACCACAUCCAGGAGCCGAACUCGGGAGAACUGAAACCGAAACUGAUCAAGAGGCUGGCGCAGGCUCACGAGAUUCAUGCUCUCAGAGAGAAGGAGGGAAAUGAGGCCAAGGCCAAGCGAGUGUGCAUGCAAAAGGUCAAAGAGCAUGGCUUGAACAUGGAGAUCUUGGAUGCCGAGUUCCAGAUGGACUGGAAGAAGCUGACCUUCUACUACUUCGCCGACUCCUACAUCAACUUCAACUCUCUGGUUACCGAUCUCUUCAAGAUUUACAAAACUCGUAUCUGGAUGUCGGCAAUCAACCCCGCCUCUUUUGCGAGCCCUACCCUUGGCUUACAGGCGCCCAGCGGAAUCGGCCCCGGGGCUGUCGGUGUCAGUCGGGCCUCUGCGGCAGCAGAACGCCGCCAGAACACGCAGCAACAAGACCAACAAAGCGUUUACACUGCUGCUGGUCAGACGGGGCGGAAUAUCCAGGGGGCGUUCCCAGGCGCCUUCACCCCUGACCGGGCAAUGGUUCCAGGAUCUGGCUACUCUUUACAAACCUAUCCCUGGAAUUCUUACGUUCCGUUUGGGGCCGCUUCGAGACCCGGCCCCGGACUUGGAGGACUGUCAUACGCUGUGCCCGGUAUGAUGCCGAAUUCCGAUACCUACACGGCAGGUGGUUUCCCACCGGCGGUAGACUACUCUGCACGACCCCGAUACCCAACACCCCAGGCAAGCUCUGGGCAGCAUGAGCAGAUAGGCUCUGCACAAGGGACACAGGCAGACUGGGCAACAGCGUUCCAAGGCCUUUCUCUCAACUCGAACCCCCGUUGA